AUGGGUGUGAUUCGCAAGAAGACCGCAUCGCGCGGCACCGAGGCAGGCACCAAGUUCCAUUGCGACGUGUGCUCUAUUGAUGUCACAUCAACAGUUCGCAUCUCGUGUUCGCAUCCCUCGUGUCCCGAAUAUGACCUCUGUGUCCCCUGUUUCUCCGCCGGACAAAGCUCCAAGAACCACGAUCCCGCUACACAUCCAUUCCAAGUGAUCGAACAGAACUCCGUUCCCAUAUUCCAAGGUGACUGGGGUGCUGAUGAAGAGUUGUUAUUGCUGGAAGGUGCUGAGAUUUACGGACUCGGCUCAUGGGCCGACAUUGCAGACCAUAUCGGAGGCUACCGCAGCAAGGACGAAGUGCGCGACCACUACUAUGACACAUACAUCGAGAGCGGCCACUUCCCGCUUGCAGACCGUGCCGACCCAGACGAUAGAAGCUUACAAGAUUCGAUCUCGAAAGAGGAGUUCCAGACGCGCAAGAAGCGACGUAUCGAGGAGCGCAAGGAUGCCGCCAAGGCUGCACCACCCACCACCCCAAAGCAGAAACCGACCGCCAGUGUACCGGCAUGUCACGAAGUACAGGGCUACAUGCCUGGACGAUUGGAAUUUGAGACCGAAUUCUUGAACGAUGCCGAAGAGGCCGUGCAGCACAUGACCUUUGAGCCUGGAGCUGGUCUUAACGAAAAUGGCGAGCCAGAUGCAGAGACGGAGCUGAAGAUGACUGUGGUCGAUAUCUACAACUCUCGCCUUACCGCGCGAACAGAGCGCAAGAAGAUCCUUUUCGAACACAACCUCCUCGAAUACCGGAAGAACACUGCCCUCGACAAGAAGCGAUCAAAGGAAGAGCGCGAUUUGUUGAACAAAGCCAAGCCUUUGGCCCGGAUGAUGAACCGGAAAGACUUUGAAGACGUCAACAAGGGCCUAGAAUAUGAGCACAACCUCCGGCUGGCUAUCUCCCAACUCCAAGAAUGGCGCCAGAUGGGCAUUGGGGAUCUCAAGGCCGGUGAAAAAUACGAGCAAGACAAGCAGCAGCGCGUCCAACGACUACUUCCCCAGGGCUCCUUCGACCGCUUUGCCAGCGCACGUCCCAAGCAGGCACAGCUCACCGAAACCCCACCGGCGGCGACUCAAUUGACAACACCCGAACUGCCACUGCGGUUACAGAAAGCCGCCAAUCCCCAUGCCCCGACAGAUGCCACCGAUGAAACAUUGAAUGACUUCGAUCGCGCUUUCGCCGUGGACGGAGAUGCCCCUCCUCCCCAGCCAUCCAAGACCAAAUACGUUGUACCGCCAUUGAGUGGGCUACCAGCAUGGAAACUGGACAACGACACCGCAGCCGACCUACAUCUCCUGACCAAGGAAGAAAUAGAAGUCUGCAACGUGCUACGUAUCAUGCCCAAGCCAUACCUCGUGGUCAAGGAGACAUUAUUGAAAGAAGCAAUGAAGCAAGGCGGCAGCCUGAAGAAAAAAGACGCACGAGCAAUUUGCAAGAUCGAGGGUACCAAGACCAGUCGCAUCUACGACUUCAUGGUACACAGCGGCUGGAUCAACAAGGCAUAA